AUGGUUACAAUGGCUGCUCGUGUCUUCACUGCUGCCCUCGUUGCAGUUGCACUCCUCGACAAUGUGCAAGGUGUUGCCAUCAAGCGGCAGUCCGUCACCACUCUAUCACAGGCUCAGAUCUCUACAUUCAAGCCCUUCACGUUCUAUGCCAGCGCAUCGUACUGUGCCCCAUCUACUACUCUCACGUGGACUUGUGGAGCAAACUGCAAUGCAAACCCUGGUUUCAAACCUACGGCAUCUGGUGGUGACGGGGACACGGUACAGUUCUGGUAUGUGGGAUGGGAUCCGGUCGAAAGCACAGUGAUCGUGGGACAUCAGGGCACGGAUACCAGCAAGAUUCUACCCCUCCUGACUGACGCAGACUUUUUCUUGACGCCUCUGGACUCAACAUUGUUCCCUGGCAUCAGUUCAUCCAUUCAGGUGCACAACGGAUUUGGCGCAGCGCAAGAGAAAGCAGCGACUAGUGUUUUAGCGGCUGUCCAGGAAACCAUUUCUGCGCAUGGUGCCAAGACGGUGACGGUUAUCGGGCACUCACUGGGUGCCGCUAUUAGCCUUCUCGACUCCGUGUAUCUUCACCUGCACCUCCCGUCUACGAUCAGGAUCAACACGGUCACGUAUGGACUGCCUCGGGUUGGAAAUGAGGCAUUUGCGAACUAUGUCGACGCGAAUCUCCACUUAACGCAUAUCAACAACAAGAAGGAUCCCGUACCGAUUGUUCCUGGAAGACUCCUCGGCUUUGUACAUCCGAACGGAGAGGUUCAUAUCAAUGAAGAUGAAACAUGGGAUUCUUGUCCUGGCCACGACAAUCCUUCCUCAAAGUGCAUUGUCGGAGCCGAACCUUCUCUUCUCAACAGCAAUGAACCAGACCAUGAUGGUCCUUACGAUGGCGUUGAGAUUGGCUGCUAA